CAGCAUUGAAAUGUCAGUGGGCAUCAGCAUUGCAACGGGUGUGUUGAAGUUGUUGGACGUAUGCGUGUGGCUGAUAACCCUUGGCCCGAUGUGGAUGUUCACUAAGCCCAGGAACGUUGCUAACUCUGUCAACUCGGAGCCAGUGGAGGAGUUGGUCGCAAACUCUCGAGAAGGGCCUGGUCGAGUGCGAAGUGGUUAUAAGAAUUGGAAACCAGUGUGUUCGUGGGACCCAGAAGCUAGAACAGUCUUGGACAUUAUACUACACACAGUUGGGAAGUACUCGUCCCACCCGGCGCAAGGCUCGAGGUUCUUUGAGGGCUUCAAAGACAUCGGCCAAAGGUUUCCUAUAAAGAAGUUUGGUCCUACUACGUGGGUGACCUACGCGGAGAUGGGUGAGAGAUUCAAAUCCUUCGGGGCGUAUUUGAGGAGUAUAGGGAACACCCCUCAGCCGAGCGGCGAUAUUCGAGACAUUCAAGGUCCCCAUUCCCUUGUAAUUUACGAGGACACUUGUGCUGAAUGGGCACAGGCAGCCUUUGGUACGUGGAGCCAGAACAUGAUAGUUACCACUGUAUAUGGUACCCUUGGGCCGGACUCUGUAGCACAGGCAAUUCAGGAGGGCAGUGGGACUACGGUGCUAUGUAACAGGAAGAACGUGGAGAGGCUGAUUGCUUAUAGUAAGGAGAUGCCCUCACUGAAGCACAUAAUUUACACUAAUGAGGCCGUUCCUGCUGACGAGGCCUGCAAGCCGCUCUCGGUGUCGAAGAACAGCAAAAUUACAGUGUGCUCGUUUGAGGAGGCCAUCAGCAUUGGCAAGGACCUCAUUGAGAAGUACCCCAUUGUGAAGCCGACCGAAGAUUCUCUUGCUAUCAUAAUGUACACUAGUGGUACGACUGGGAAGCCCAAGGGGGUGAUGAUGAGGCAUAAGACGGUUGUUGCUGUGAUGGCAUCAGUGGUGCCCAUUGGGACUCAUGCACUUCCACCCAACUUCACACAUUUGGCAUAUCUCCCUCUGGCGCACAUUUUCGAGAUGGCGGUCCAGAUAGGUGUGAUGUCGAUGGGGGCCCGUAUUGGAUACGCUGAUCCCAAGACCCUAACCCAAACUGGGGCUCAGCCUACUGGAGCGUUAGAGGAGUUCAAACCUCAUCUUUUUAUGGGAGUUCCCAAGAUUUAUGAUGUUAUUAUGAAGGCGGCUGCUGCUAAGCUUAAGAAGGAGCCUUUGGGGAAGCAGCAGUUGGUCGCUAAUGCUUUCGAGUGGAAGGCGAGAGCGAUGGAGGCAGGAAGGUAUACGCCGGUUUUUGACAUGCUAGUUUUUAACAAGUUUAAACAUAUACUUGGUGGCAACGUUGUUAUUGCCCUUUCGGGAGGAGGGCCCCUAGCUGCGACAGUACAAAGGUGGGUGCGUACUGCCUUUGGUUGCCAAGUUAUCCAAGGAUAUGCUUUGACCGAGACUUGCGCUGGAGCGACCCUCCAGAUGGAAUAUGACUUCCGCCCAGGUGUUGUGGGUCCUCCGGUGAGGUCAUCUGUGUAUUUGUUCGCUACUGUAGUUGUCGGGAUGGUACUCAUCCGAGGCUUGACGAUUUCUGAUGGAUAUUACAAACUCCCCGAGAAGACCGCAGAGGCGUUCAGAGAAGAUGGUUGGUUUCGCACGGGUGAUGUUGGGGUUUGGUACCCCGACGGUUCUCUCGGUAUCAUGGACCGUGUGAAGAACCUCGUGAAACUUCAUGGUGGAGAAUAUAUUGCUAUGGAGAAUAUGGAGCUCAUUUAUGGCGGUAGCCAAUACGUUGAUGCUAUUAAUGGUGGUAUUAUGACCUACGGUGACGGGACACUCGAUAGACCAGUUGCCCUUGUACAAGUGAAUGAGAUCAAUCUGGUACAAUGGGCUAAGUCAUACGGAGUGGAGUUUGGCUCGCUCCAGGACCUGGUUCGAAAUCCAAGGGCAGAGGAAGAGGUGAUGAACUCACUGCUUGAAUGCCACGAGAGUGGGGGGCUUACCUCUAUUGAGAAGCUCGCUGGUAUCGGUCUCGUCUGUGAGCCGUGGACUGCCCAGAACAAGUGUCUUACGGCGACGAACAAGAUUUCGAGGCAUGGUGUGAUCGCGCGAGAUGGAGAGCUACUGGAGAAGGUGAAGGAGAAGGGUAGACGAUGA